AGCCCGAGGACCCGGGCGGCGGCGCGGGGUUGGUGGUCGCGGCCGAGGGGCGGGCCCCGGGGAGGGCCGCGGCGUUCCGGUCCGGUGCGGCGGAGGCGGCGGCCCGCGCCUCGCAGAGCCCCUCUCUUCUGCGGCUCCCGGCCGGGCGGAGGGUCAUGGCCGCCGAAGGCGCGUCCCACGCCCCCGUUGUGGGUCCCGAGUCUGGGACCCCCGCCGGCUGCGGUGGGAGGUGUGAAGGCCGCCGCCCCAAACCCUGCGUGCCCGGGGGAGCCAGGCCCGGCGAGGUGGCGGCUCCCGCUGGGAGGACCCGGCUUGUCCAGUUUACAGCCCCCGAGGCCUCCCCCAGCGCGGGAGCAGCAGGUGCCGGCUGUAGACUCCCCAGCUCCCCGGUUCCCGCGAGAAAAACGGCCAGGCCGACGCGCUCUCGCUCUCACGCUGUACCCUGGUGUUUCCCGCCCCUGGGCUUAGUCGCUGAACAGUAGUCGUUCCGCGAGAAGCUGCUGAGCUGACUGUCCUGAGAGCUCUUCUGGUGCUGCGGAUACCGCAGAGGACGGGCCCCUCGCUGUCCUCCGGGGACUGUGCUACCACAGAGGAGAGACGGCGGUGAGCAGGCAGCCCUUCGCUGAGGACAUGAUAUCCCCUGACGUGCGAGUUAACAAAAGUAACUGCCUCACAGGUCCGUUCACUCCUUUUAGGAUGCAGCCUUGAACAAUGCAGACUGAGGGCCUGACCUCCUGAGGGGAGACAGAUAACAAGUGACAGGAGUUGGACGGCUGCCCUGGAAUGGCGGUUGAGUGCCCGACAUCCAGACUCCAGGAGGCUGUCGUAUUUGAGGAUGUGGCCGUGUACUUCACGAGGAUAGAGUGGAAUUGCCUGGUUCCUGACCAGCGGGCGCUCUACCGGGACGUGAUGUUGGAGAACUACGGGAAUGUGGCCUCCCUGGGCUUUCUCAUCUCCAAACCAGCCCUGAUCUCUCUUCUAGAGCAAGGGGAGGAGCCGGGAGCCUUGAUUCUGCAGGUGGCUGAGGGGAGAGGGACCAAGGCCAGCCCCUGCCCAGGUUCCCGAGUGGAGGCUGGGCUCAAGGAGUCUUCUCUGAAGAGGGAAUGCUCCAAGCCAGUGGGAUCAUCAGGCACUGUUUUGCGGGGCCUCCCCAGGGGUGACCCUGAGUUACCUGAAAGUAACAGCAGUCCCAAGGCCCUGGUGGGCGAGCGACUCCUCAGCUCCCUGGGGCAGGGCCUGAGCACACCCGGCAGCCGCUGUGGUGUAGGGUGGGCUGGCCAAGCGACCCAUCUGAGUGCAGCCCACGGCACGGCUGGCCUGGACACGGCAGCGGAGAGAGUCUAUCAGUGCGCAUGCGGCAAGGCCUUCAAGUACAAUUCACUCCUGCUCAGGCACCAGAUCAUCCACACAGGGGCCAAGCCCUUCCAGUGUACCGAGUGCGGGAAAGCCUUCAAGCAGAGCUCGAUCCUGCUUAGGCACCAGCUCAUCCACACCGAGGAGAAGCCCUUCCAGUGCAGCGAGUGCGGGAAGACCUUCCGGCAGAGCACGCAGUUGAUCGCACACCACAGGAUCCACACCCAGGAGAGGCCCUUCGAGUGCAGUGCCUGUGGGAAAGCCUUCAGCCGAAGUUCCCGGCUGCUGCAGCACCAGAAAUUCCACUCGGGCGAGAAGGCCUAUGAGUGCGGUGAGUGCGGGAAGGCCUUUUGCCGCAGGUUCACCCUGAAUGAGCAUGGCCGCCUCCACAGCGGUGAGAAGCCCUACAAGUGCCUGCGAUGCGGGCAGUGCUUCAUCCGGGGGUCCUCGCUGGUGAAGCAUCACAAGCUGCAUGCCGAGGAGCAACCCCAGGGAAACAGCCAGAGCCCUCUGCUUGGGCAAGCCCAGAAGACCCCCACAGGGGACAAGCCCUACAAGUGCACCGUGUGCCAGAAACCCUUCAAACACAACUCCCUGCUCUUGCUGCACCAGAGGCUGCACACGGGCGAGAAGCCGUUCGCGUGUUGGGAAUGCGGCAGAGCCUUCAGUCGCAAGUCCAACCUCACUCUGCACCAGAAAACCCACACCAAGGAGAAGCCCUUCGAGUGCACAGAGUGUGGCAAGGCAUUUCGUCGGAGUUACACCCUCAGUGAGCACUACCGGCUCCACAGUGGCGAGAAGCCGUACCGGUGCAGGGCCUGCGGCAAAGCCUGCAGCCGGCUGUCUGCACUGAUCCAGCACCAGAAAGUGCACAGCCAGGAGUGCAGGAGGGUACCCCUCUGGGCUCCCCGCUGACGUGACAGCCGGGCAGAGAGCCUACCCCACCCAGGGGCUCCCAGGACGCAGAAGUCUGGGUGUGGGAGGGUGGCCCAGGAGGGUCUCCCCAGGGUUGGUGGCGGUGGCCACGUGGCCUGAGGGAAGGACGGUAUAAAAGGCUUGAGUCCAGAGCCCCUGGGACUCGUCUACAUCCCAAGCCCAAGGGAGAGGAGGAGCAAGGCUGAGCCGGGACACACACAGGGUUCCAGUUUCUAACCCAACUCAACCAGGCUGGAGACGCACACUGAGGUCCAUGUACACAGUGGGGAUGGGCUGAGCAUGGGUUUUGUUGUCUUCUUCAAAAAUAUUUGUUUUUCCAAAUAUUGACUUGUGAUGAUGCUUUGUUGUUGUUCCUUCAUUUGUUUGUUUUUAAGAUUGGCCAAGAGGACCAGACCUUGUCUGGAAGGGAAGAAGAACGGAAGUGACAAACCAUUUUGAGUCCAGCUCCCCGGUAGUGGGGGGAGCACAAGGAUAAAGCCCCCUGCAGCCCCUCCAGUGUGGUGUGUGGGUGAGCCGGGCCAGGUGGACUGGUGGUGGCUGCCCUGGCACAAGCUGGCCCACACUCCCCGUGGCCCUGGCUAAGCAGGGCAUCACUGCAGGAGCCCCCAGCGGGCAGGGCCAUGCCAGCAGGGACCUGCACUCACCCAGGACGCUGCGGCUCUGGGCCUGUGAGCAGAGGCUGCUUAGCGGGGACAGACCUCCCCAUGUGGGAGACCCUUCCGAUAUGCCCCCAGGUCUCCCUGCUCUGGACCAGGAAGGGGUCUGAGCAUCCAGCAUUCUGUGAGCUCAGCCGAGCAAGCCGUGAGGCGUCAGGAAUGUGGGCAGCCCCUCCUCACCAUCAGGACCUCCCCUCUGGCAGCCCGCAAGCAUGGACAGAUUCUGCUGCAGCUCGAGUCUUCUAUGAAACUUGCACCAGAAAGGAAGCUGCCUAGCCCAGAGCUUAUCUUUAAAUUUAUUUUUAAAGUAACAUGUUUUUCUUCCUAAAUAGAGUAUUAUUGUAUAACAUUUAUAAAAUGAAGAAAUUUAUAAGGAAGAAACAUAAAAAAAUUCCCUUUAUCCCAUUCUCCAGGGGCAGGUGCUGUUGAUGUUCGGGUGUAUUUUCUUAGUCUCUAGCGUACAUGUAUGGAUAUUUAUCUUACAGAAUCAGAAUUAUGCUUUGCUGGGAAAUCUGUACCUUACGAUUGGACACCAGUCCGUGUAUGUCUCCUGUUUUGUUUGUGGCUGACACCCCUGUAGACGCUGCGUGCGCACCGGGGGAUGAAUCUGGUGACUUCCUUGGGUUUGCAAGUGGGCUUCCCGGUCAGGGGCACCGGGGGUGGUGCUUUGGAUCCCGCAAGCACAGUGUUUCCGCUGUGGCGCUACAGAGAAGAAAUACAUCUCUCAGUGAGAAGGUGAUGUUAUUGCAGGUGCACUGGCAAGGAGCUGGGGGAAAUCCCCAAACCAGUUCAAAGAUAGGAUGUGAGUCCAGGUUUCUGUAGGUAAAGGAAAGGGGGUAGGGGUUGAAACCACGUGAUGGCUGCACAAAGCAUUCUUGUCAGGUCAGCAGUGUAGCUGGAUCUUUGCAAGGAGGGCAUGGGAGAAUCUCUGGGUUCUCGAGCACGUCCUGCUGUUGAGGGAUUAGGGUUAGAUGUUGGUGUGCAAACUCGUUUCAUUAAUCAUGAAAACUAGCAGUUUGUUUUAAUUUGCAUUUCUUGACCUUUUGACGAGUGAAUUCAGUGUAAAUGUCCUGUGCCUGUUUUUACUGGGUUUGUAAGAUCUCUUUAUAUGUCUAGGAUUCCAGUCUCUUUUCCCUAAUAUCCGUUUCCUCAAUUGUGAUAGGAAUCACAGGGGUUUUUUUUGGGGGGAGGGGCUGGAAAAGAAAACUGCAUCUUGGAAUUGAGGAAAUUAUGUUUUACAAACAUUUCCCCCAGUUCUUUCAGUGCUUUUUGUUAUAUAAUUUUUAAUAUAAAAAAUGAGUUGCUCCUGUAGUGAAAAUGUCCUGAUAUGAUUAGAAAAGCCUUCCCCACUCCAGAUCUUAUAACAUGUUCUUGUACAUAUUUUUUUUUUGACUGAAGAUUGAUAGUCAAAAAACAAACAAAAUCCAAAACACCCUCAAACAGUAUAGAAAUAGGAAAUGAAGGCCCCUCCCAGACGUGGCCUUGUCAACAGUUUGGGGUGUCUCACUCCAGAUGUUCUCUGUAUUUACAAACAUGUUCAAUAUCCAUGUUUCUUUUUACAGGCAGGAUUUUCCUCCAUGUGUUGUGUUCUCUCGGCUCGGCCGAGCCACAGCCCCAGAACUCCCUUUCUCGCGUUUCCAGUCGUGUGGGCGCCUAGGGAGAUUCUCUGACAGCGCGGGGCCGCUUCUCCAAGCACAAGCCCAUGUGUCCUGUGAUUGACGUCCCUCAGAGUUGACUUGAAGUUGGUCAAAGGGAGAUUAUCCACCAUCAGUUGGAGGCCUUUAAAAGUGGUGUGGCUGCCCGAGGCUGGGAGACCAGCGUCUCCUGGUUCUGCUUCUUGGUGGAACCCUGAAUACAACUUUUUGCAACUUUGCUUUUCUACCCAGCAUGUGACAGUGUCCUUCCAUGCAGGUGCCCACAGGACACCUCGUUCUCUGUGACGACUGCACAGGGCCCCCACUGCCCGCCCCACUCAGCACAGGAGGCCGCAGCGGGCGCUUUAGGUCGUCCCUGUAGACUCAAGGGCCAGAGUCCUAAAGGUUUAGUUGCUGGUCCUCAGAGGAUGGGGUUUUGCAAAGCCUCUGGCCUCUGCCCCAAGCUGCCUUGGUCUCCCACGUGCUGCCGAGUGGCCUAGGGCGAGAGCCGCUGGUGUGGGCGAGUUAGGGGCUUGUUAACCAGUCGAACAUCUUUUAACCCUCUCACCUGCUGGGUUAGCCAGGAAAUGGGUCUCCAUCUUCAGAUGAGCCGACUGCAACCCAGCUGGUUUGCUCCCCUGGUUCUGUGUCUGCUGCCAGGCUCACGAGUCCAUCCCAAGCCUGCAAGUGCCAAUUAAAUAAAAUUGUUUUCCCCUAAGUGCUGGGUGAAAUGAUUAAACAUGAGGGUGAAAUUAUUAGUCUCCGAAAAUUAAGUUGCCCUCUGGGAGGACUCAAAGGAAUUAUCAAAAUGAGUUACUGUCAAAUUAGUUGUAAACUGUAAAGAUUAGGAGAAACUGGAAAACGUAGAAGGAUCCUGCACUGACAUGACCUCGAAGGUGAUUUAAAGCUUUCUCUCAACUUUGAAGAAAGUGAAGUGAAUCACACUGGCGAGGGUGGUUUUGGCAAGACGAUGAGGAGCAAGGGUCAGUGGACUGGGACUCAGGUGGCUUCUGAUCUGCAUCAGAAGGUCGUCACGAACAAAGUCCACUGAUGCGCUUUAAGGUCAAUUUGAACGCACACAGCAAGUAUUGCUUUUUGAUUCCCCGGCUUUGACCGUUUGUUUAGAACUGCUGGCUCAGGUAAGAGGCUCCCCCGCCUGGACGUACUCCGGCAGCACCUGCUUUUUUUGUUUGUUUUGUGUUAAAGGCAGCAAAGGCCCCGGGGAGGAUUCCUAGCCUCAUCUCCCUGGAGGUGCUGAAAGGUUUUUCCCUGUUCCAGGGCAGAACGGAGGUCCCCAAAUCUGUAGGGAUGGAUGAGGGCGGGAGAGGAACAGGAGGGCAGGCGGGGGCAGGGGCAGGACGAGUCGGGGCCGAGGUAAGUGGGUGCACAGAUGGGGGCCUGGGACCUGCAGGGGCUUCACCUGGUGCCACCCGGGGAGCAGCCUCGGGGCGCGGUGGGAGACACCCACGGAGAGGAGAGCGAGAGCUCAGGGCCUUUGUUAUGUCCAAACCUGUGUAUUCUUGGAUCUGUUUCCAUCAACCUAUUCCUGUGUUGGUACCACUGUAUAAGAAAAAAAACAAAGUUUGUCAGAAGUCAUUUAUUAAUAAGUUGUGCUUAGCAGGAAGAGGAAGCAGUAAGUGGUUCAUCUUCUUUAAGGGAGUUGCUAUGAGUUUUAAAGAUCUCUGAAAACAGGAUUUCAAAUUAGCAACAGAAAUAUAAGUUACUGUAGAAAUAAAUGGGACAACUGGCUGCUACUGGAGAAGUUGGAUUCCCACUUCAUUCUUUACACUGAUGUGUUCCAAAUAAUUUUAACAGUAACAAAAUAUACAAGUGAAAAUUUAUAUUCUCAGCAUUGGGGAGGUUUCCUGAACAAGACCACCUAAAGAGAAAUAUGUUCAAUUUCUUAAUUUUUAUUUUCAACACAAAUUUUUAAAAUUAUUACCUGGGAAAAAAAUAUUUGCAAGACAAAUGUUAGAGGAAGUAUCUCUUGAAAUUUGGGGGAAAAAUUUUUGCCAAAAAAAAAAAAAAAAAAUGGGCAAAGAACUGGCAGUCCACAGAAGAUCUACCAAGUUGCUAACCCUCUGUUCAGCCAGCGCCACUGAACGUUGCUCUGCUGUGUUCUGUCAUGAACAGUGUCUUGUCAGGAUACCAACAAGAAAUGGACAACAGACUCCAACUGGGUAAUUCCAGGACGACUAGUUUCAAAGACAGCACAGCGGGGAGGGAACCCUGCGGGCUGCUGUGGGAACCGGGAGUCAGCACCACAGAUGGUACCAGCCUGAGGCCCGCAGGGACGCCGGGAGGAGAACAGCGACGGGCAGGGAGAAGGUUGUGUAAGGAGCCACAGGGAGAGGGCAAGUGCUCCAGUGGCAGGACACAACCCACCCACAGUGACCUUACAAGGAGGCAGCCCAGGGGCCGAAUGCCUCCCCUGCAAGAACAGUCCCACUGGAGCAUUUUUGGGAUUUGAAAAAACUGGGACAUAGACUGUAAGCCUUAUAUCAGUGUUAAAUUUCUUGUACUUGAUAACUGUACUUAAUGUGGUUACAUCAGUGAGUAUUCUUGUUCUUAGGAAAUGCACAUGGAAUUACGUGUUCAAGGAGCAUGAUGUGUACAACCUACUCUCAGAUGUUAAGUAGAUAGAUGGAUUGACAAAUGGAUAGAAAAAGUAAUAUGGCAAAUGUGGCAAAACAUUAAAAUUGGUGGACCUGGGUAUGGGAUGUGUAUCUUGGAUUUCUCUGGAUGUGGUUUGUUUUAUUUUUGCAACUAUAUUGUAAAUUUGAAGCUAUUUCAAAAUAAAAAGUUAAUAAAUAAA